UCGAUAUCGCUUGUAGUAUCGUCGUAUAUCGUUCCCGACUUUGUUACAAAAUAAUCAUGAAUCGCCUUGCAAAAGUCAUUCUGUCAGCAUCCAGGAAAGGUAAUUUGACCAACAUAGGCCUUGCCAGUACUCUGGCUAGGAGCAUGUCUUCAGGAGGGCUUUCAAAAUAUAAUUUUGAGUCACUCGCUGUGACAAGUCCCCAGGAGUUUAUCUACAAGGUUGAGGUGAACAGGCCAGAGAAACGUAAUGCUAUGAACAAAACAUUUUGGAGAGAGAUGGUAGAAUGUUUUAAUACCAUUGCAACUGACGAAGACUGCAGAGUAGUGCUAUUAACUGGGGCAGGCAAGACGUUUUCUGCUGGUAUCGAUCUACAGGAUAAUGCUGAAUUGAUGCAGGGUGCUAUUCCGGGAUCAACUGAUCUUGAUGUAUCACGUAUCGCUUAUAAACUCAGAUCGAAGAUCAAGGAGUAUCAAGAGUCUUUCUUUGUUAUUGAGAAGUGUCCUAAGCCAGUGAUAGCAGCCGUCCAGGGGGCCUGUUUAGGAGGAGGACUCUGUAUGAUCUCUGGAUGUGAUAUCAGGUUGUGUACUGAAGAUGCUUGGUUCCAAAUUAAGGAAACAGACCUUGGUCUAGCUGCAGAUGUAGGAGUGCUUCAGUGGUUACCAAAGAAGACAUCUAAUGACAGUCUGCUUCGAGAGCUCUGUUUCACAGCAAGGAAGUUUGAUUCAAGUGAAGCCAAGGAAUUAGGUCUGAUCAGUCGCCUGUACCCAGACCAAGAAGCCAUGAUGGGUAGUGCUAUGGAGCUAGCAGCAACUAUCGCCAGUAAGAGUCCAGUGGCUAUGCAGGGCACUAAAGUUAAUCUGAACUACAGCCGAGAUCAUACCGUAGCAGAAAGCUUCGAGUAUAUUGCAACGUGGAACGCAGCCCAUCUACAGACUGAGGAUCUUGCAAAUGCAGUAAUGGCAAGCAUGACAAAAUCAAAGGCAGAGUUUUCAAAGCUGUGAGAUGAUCAAUCAAAUUGUAAACGUGAAAGAAGGAAAACCUAUUAUAGCAAAUGCUUCAGCACCAUGUGUACAACUCUGUUAUAUGAACUCUUAUCAUGGUAAACCAGGAAUGUUAUGUGAAAAUUAUUGGGGCAGCGUUGUGUGGUUAGAAAAAUUUGUUAUAACUAUGGAAAAAUAUAUAAAUACUGGGUGGUUUUGUUAAAAUAUAUUCCUGUCUAAACAUACUUGGUUUUGGCCAUGUUAAAAAAGACGUAGUGAUCCCUGUCUUGAGGUAAGAGUAAAGUUUUAUAUCAUUUGCAAUUUAUCAUAACAAAUAGGCAGAUGGAAUUUUAUGACUCAUUCAAGAACUUAAGAUUGAUUUUGAUCCAUCACAACACUUUGUCAUUCAGGGUCAAGAUAUACUUUGAAAAUACACUUCAUUUUUUAAGGAAACUCUGGUGAACUGGCAUUGUUUUAUUAAUUUUUAAUUUUGAUGGAUUAUUUUACAUGGUUGUGAUAGAUCUUACAUUCCCAGACUCCCUUGAUCAUAGGUGUAAAUGUUCAGCAAAACUUUGCAAAGGAACGUCUUUAUUUACCAUAACAUUUAUUAUGUUUAAAAUCAUUUUAGGUCAUAUAUUUCAUGCUGCAUUUCAUUGUAAAUAAAAGAAACAUAUUCAAAUCAAUUUAAAGGCCUUCAUGUAGCAGCUAAAGAUUGCUUCAAUUAAAAAAUAUAUAUAAAGUUCAAAAUAAUGGAUUUUUUUUUUUUUAAAUACUUAAAUAGCUAUUGAAAGAUUAACCUAAUUGACCUAAUUGACAGAUUAGUUUGGUUGAAUAGGUCAACUACUUGGAACUAGUAGGCCCUGGGUUCACAUCCCAUCCCUGUGGGCUACGGGAGCUUCUUUGGCAUUAUGGUAAAAUGCAGGGAUUAGUGAUUAUUUCAUCUUAGUGCCUAGGAUUGGCCUUGUGUUAAAAUAAAGAUUGAUCUUUGCAUUUAUAGGUAGUAAUCCAGAGAAAUGUACAUAAUUGGUUAUCCACUAGAUCUCUACUCAAUUUGUUAAUUUCUUUGAUUUGACUGGAUAAGAAGAAAGAUAACCACAUUUAUAAAGGAAGUUAUUUAUACAGAAGAGGUGAAAGUACAUUUAACAGGGUAGUACAACUGGGCCCCUGCUUAUAAAAGUUGCAGUUUAUUACAUUCAGUUGGUAAUCACAAACUUACAAUUGCUUGUCUCUUGAUAUACAGCAUUGCGAUUCAUUUCUAUAUCAAGUUAAUUUGCAAUCUCUUUGGGUAAAUUGCAACUCUUGAUAAGACAGAGCACUGAUGGUUGUCACAUUAUAUAGAUUUUUUUUGUUUACACGAGAAAGGUAAUCUCUAUUGAUCAAGAAAGCUUACGUUUCUUCAUUAUUGUGACACUUGCUGCACAAUGCCUUUAUUUUUUAUUUGUAUUUUGCCAAUAUGUGAAGAAAAUUGAAAUACUGUAUAUAUAAUUGUAUACAUGCAUAAAUGAUGAAUAAAAUUUAGAUAACCGAGCUUUUCAUCUUGGUUGACUUUA